GUUUGCCCACUCCCAAUGGAAACUCCUGCCUGUAGCUUUAAGAGGCGGGUCCCUCAGAGGGAGGGGCGGAGUCGCACGACUUGUUCUCUUUGGGACGGGAGGUGCUCCGCGCGCAGGAACACUCGAUCCGUGGCAACAAUCAUGGCAGAAGCUGAGACGCGCCAGAAGCUGCUGCGCACUGUCAAGAAAGAGGUGAAGCAGAUUAUGGAGGAAGCGGUCACCAGGAAAUUUGUUCAUGAAGACAGCAGCCAUAUUGUUUCCCUUUGUGCUGCGGUGGAGGCAUGCGUUUUGCACGGGCUGAAACGUCGAGCGGCGGGCUUUCUUCGAAGCAACAAAAUAGCCGCCCUGUUCAUGAAGGUGGGCAAGAGCUUUGCCCCGGCUGAGGAGCUGUGCAAGAAGGCCCAGGACCUGGAGCAGAUUAUCGAGACCAAACGAAGCCAAAGUUUGCAAAGCCAGGACAGCCUGCGCCGAAUGCCUCGGCUUCCCAGCCUCGCUCCCAAGGCCAUUAAGAACCUGUGGAUUAGGACAGCUCUUUUCGAGAAGGUGCUGGACAAGAUUGUCCUCUUCUUGGUGGAAAACAGCAGUAAAUAUUACGAGAAGGAGGCUGUUCUAAUGGACCCUGUAGAUGGACCCAUCCUUGCUUCUUUGCUGGUGGGACCUUGCGCUUUGGAGUAUACGAAGAUGAAGACGGCCGACCACUUCUGGACCGAUCCCUCGGCCGACGAGUUGGUGCAAAGGCAUCGCAUCCACAGUGCUCACUGCAGGCAGGACUCGCCCACCAAGAGGCCCGCGUUGUGUAUCCAGAAGCGUCACUCCAGCAGCAGCAUGGACGAGCGGCCCUCUCCCUCGCCAUCAGCGCGCGACUACGUCGAGUCGCUGCAUCAAAACAACAGGGCGACGCUGCUGUUCGGCAAAAACAAUGUGCUCGUUCAGCCAAGGGACGACAUGGAGGCUAUCCCGGGUUACCUCUCGCUGCAUCAGACGGCUGACCUCAUGACACUGAAGUGGACGCCCAAUCAGCUCAUGAACGGCUCCGUUGGCGACCUGGACUACGAACGAAGUGUGUACUGGGACUAUGCCAUGACAAUCGCUCUCGAAGAGAUAGUGUACUUGCACUGCCAUCAGCAAGUCGACAGUGGGGGCACAGUGGUGCUGGUGAGUCAAGAUGGCAUCCAAAGGCCUCCACUUCGCUUCCCCAAAGGAGGCCACCUGCUCCAGUUCCUCUCAUGCCUGGAAAACGGUCUGCUUCCGCACGGCCAGCUGGAUCCUCCUCUCUGGUCUCAGAGGGGAAAGGGAAAAGUGUUCCCGAAGCUGAAGAAGAGGGUUCCUCAAGGAUCUGGUUCUACAGACUCGGUCUCAGAUAAGGAGGAGGACGAGGCCACAGACUACGUCUUCCGCAUCCUCUUCCCAAACAGUCGGUCAGAGUUUGUUACGCCACCAGAUUUGAUGGAGCACAGCUCUGCCAUGUGGCACCCCUCCCUCAGGAAGUCUUCGUGCUUGUCCUGCUCCCAGGGCGGCCUCUCCGGUGGGUCCGCGCCCAAAGGCUGCAACCAAGAGAGGACUCCUCUCAAGCUGCUAUGUGACAACAUGAAGUAUCAGAUCAUCUCCAGGGCGUUUUACGGCUGGUUGGCGUACUGCCGUCACCUGUCCACCGUGCGCACUCACCUCUCGGCUCUCGUCAAUCACGCCAUUGUGUCGCCCGACGCGCCGUGCGAUGCGUACAAAGGCCUCACCGCAGAUGUGUGGCGGAUGUUCCUCCAGGACUGUACUACUUACAAGGAGCAGGAGCUGCUUCGUUUGGUCUAUUUCGGCGGCGUGGACCCUUCUCUGCGUAAGGAAGUAUGGCCAUCUCUUGGGCAUUACCAGUUUGGAAUGUCUGAAACAGAAAGGCAGGAGGUGGACGAGCGGGUGCGAUCGCGCUACCAGCAGACCAUGCGCGAACGGCUCGGCUGUGAGGAGAUCGUCCGGCAGCGGGAGAAGGAGCAGCACGCCGCGGCCUUAGCCAAGUGCUCCUCGGGGGCGAGCAUGGACAGUACAAGUUCAAAGAUGGUCCAUCACGACUCAACUGUCAGCAACGAGUCCCGGUCCUCCCAGAGUUCAGACAGGCAAAGUCUGGCUCGUCUGCAGAGUGACUCCAGCUGCAGCACGCAGGUGUUUGAGUCUGUAGAAGAGGUGGAGCAGAUCGAGACCGAAUCCAAGAGCGAAGAAGCCAAGCAGCCGCCAAAGACGACCAACGGGGCGCUCCAGAACGGCCCGAGUUCUCCCGACUCCGGGCAUCCCUCUUCCCGCAACUUCUCAGUUACUUCUGGCCUGUCGGACGGCUCGCUCAGCACAGAGGACGGCGCUGCGCCCGAGGCUGCUCCGAGAGCUUCGGCCAAACCUCCUCAGGAUGUAUGUCUGACAGAACAGGACAAACAAGAGAAACCAAAUGUGACCAAGACUGGAGCACGAGAUGUACUGGAAGAAUCCAACAAAUCGGAGGAUCCUGAAGUAGAGGAGGCUCAGUGUGGAGGUGGUGCCUCAGUAGAUAUUAAAGGAAGCGAAGUGCCUGACAAAGAUUGUAUGUCCACGCCAGGAACAUGUACAGAAUACCAAGACCACGCUGAACACAGACUGAAAAACGAAGACGCAAAGAAAACUGCAGGGGAGUGUCAGACUGAAUGGUGCAAAAUGGAGGACAAAUCCAGCCAAGGUGAGACGUCACAAGAGGUGAGAGGAGAAGCUGGCAUCAAAAAUCCCAGAACAAUUGAAGUUGACAAGAAACUGUCUUUAUCAACAGACACUCGGGUGUCGAGGGCAAGAGAAGCCUACUGUGCCUCUCAGAAGGCAGAAGCUCAGGUCCUGGCCGAGUCUGAUGAGUCUCCCUCAGCCAUAGAGAUGGAGGAGAUUCCCAAAGCCAAUGUUUCCAUGGUUCCCUGGAGCAGGAAGGCUCGCCGUGAGCCCUUGUCUUCCUCAGAGGACUCGGCCCCUUACAUGGAUAGCAGACCUGGGGGGGGGCAGGAAAAGCCCAGUCCAGAAGGAACUGAGUCCAUAUUGUCUGAGGAACCAGAGAUGGAGAGCCUCUACCCUCACUUUGAGUCUCUGGAUGGAUGUGCAAACACUGCAGAAGCCAGCUCGCAACAAUCUGCUGCGGGCACAUUCUCCCAAGAGCUUUUAGACUUGUACACGUUGAAUUUGCACCGCAUUGAGAAGGACGUCCAGCGUUGUGACAGGAACUACUGGUACUUCACUCCUGGAAACCUGGAAAAGCUGCGCAACGUCAUGUGCAGCUACAUCUGGAGGCACCUUGACAUCGGAUACGUUCAGGGCAUGUGUGACCUCUUGGCUCCGCUUCUCGUCAUUCUGGAUGAUGAGGCCAUGGCCUUUAGCUGCUUCACAGAGCUCAUGAAGAGGAUGAAUCAAAACUUUCCGCACGGAGGAGCAAUGGAUACUCACUUUGCCAACAUGCGCUCUCUCAUCCAAAUCCUGGAUUCCGAGCUAUUUGAGCUGAUGCACCAAAACGGAGACUACACGCACUUCUACUUCUGCUACCGCUGGUUCCUCUUAGACUUCAAGCGAGAGCUGGUCUACGACGAUGUCUUUGCAGUCUGGGAAACCAUCUGGGCGGCCAAGUUUGCCUCGUCCAGUCACUUUGUCCUCUUCAUCGCCUUGGCGCUGGUGGAGAUCUACAGGGACAUCAUCCUGGAAAACAACAUGGACUUCACUGAAAUUAUCAAGUUUUUCAAUGAGAUGGCCGAGCAUCACAACAUCCAGCAGAUUUUGACAUUGGCAAGAAAUCUGGUGUACAAGGUGCAGAUGCUGAUCGAGAACAAGUGACAGCGCCGUUUGUCUUCUAUUUCCUUCCAAUCAAAUGUAAUCAUCUGUAGCAGCAACGCACAUGCACAUACAUUCUAGUGUAUUACAAAUAUGCCUUUACCAUCAUUGGUUGCAGCCUUGAUUGAGCCUCACUGACUGUAUGCUCCUCGAUGUCAUUUGUGUCGUCAACAGGUCUAUGCUAAUAUUCUGCUUUAUUGAGUAAUUGUCAGUAUCUGCAAAUACAUACUAUGUGUUUUAUGUCAAACCCUUCAGUGUCCAACGUUAAUCAGAACAGACUUAAUCACGUUGUAAGUUAAGGUUAGUUGCACAUUUCACAACAAAAUCGAUCAGAGAUGAAUUCAAACUAUUUUGAAUGAAGAAAUACCGUGUUGCUUAAACUUGUUUAAUAGCCAAUGUUUCCAUAAUGAAAAUAGGAUGAAAAUAAACUAGUUUUACAGACAUGAUUCAAACCUAUUUAGAGCUGAGUACCACAGAAGUGAUUUUAUAUUGACAGUAUUUCCAAUGUCUGAGCUGCCUUCCUGCCUUGUUAUGUGCAUUGUGCUAAUCGUGAGAUCAUUAUUUGUUGAAUCAUCAUAGUCUUAUAUUUAAUAACUCACAUUUCAGAGUCCUCCAUUGUCUUUUCUUGCUGGGUUUUUUCUCUCCCCAUGAACAGCUUUAUUUUGUACAUUGUACCACUUUGAUUUUUGGAUUGUUUGUCAGUUUUGUUUUCGUGCAGAAAUUCUAUCAUUUAUAUUAUAAAGGCGAAGAACAGAGAACGCAGUGAUGUUUUUAGUUUUUAUGUGACCAAUUGCGGUGCAAAUGAAAAGUACAUGUCCCUGCUUGUGAAUGAUUUUUAACGUUGUUUGCCAAAUAUAUACUGGAAACGUAGCUGUGUUAAUGUUUUGGCAUAUUUAAGCAUUGAUGAUGACAAAUACUAUACAGUAUGUGCUUUUAACCAUUCAAUUAAUGAUUUCCCAAAAUGUCCCAAAUGCUUCCUAUUUAUUGCCUCUUUAUGAAUGUGGUCAAAUGGAUUGCAUUGAUGUUGCCAGCAAGCCUACUUGAAUUUAUUGUCACAUUUAUUUGCCAUCAUGAUUUUCUUUUUAUUUAUUAUUCUUAUUUAAUCAUGUUUUCACUCAGAUGUUGCUAUUUUGGUAAAACUUGUAUUUUUAUUUUGUGCCAAGUUCUAACCUGUAUUGUAAGACAAAUUAUAUUCUGAGAGCUCAUAUAUAAUAUAUAUUAAAUGGUAUAUGUUAUUGUAA